UUCAUGGGACCGUGGGGCUAUUUGCCACGUCCAGUCUUCCUUAUCCACAAUUUCACAGUGCGGCACGAAAACCCUCUUAAAACCCCCAUGUACCCACAGAGAUCAUUCUACUUUAAAUUAAAAACCUCCUAAUUCAUCAUCAUUGCCAUACUUCUGCGACUAGUUUGACAAUGCAGAACGUAGUUUUAGCGAAUGUCCAAAUAAUUUUCCCAAGCAUUGCGCAAAAUGACUCUAAAAUUCUUCAGAAGGACGCCAGAUUAAAUGGGAAGACUUCCUUAGCGUCUAGACAAAUAAUUUCUUCCAGAAAUAAUGGCUUGACUCCAGUGAAGAGGCUCCGUAUGAUAGCAACAGGGUCUACAGAGAAGAAGAAGAUUCUGGUAGUAAAUGAUUCAGAAUCUAGCGCUAAAGUUUUGAGAGCCAAAAAAGGUGGUCUUUAUGCUACAGUACCUAAGCAUGAAAUGCACAGAUCGAGUAAAAGUGAUCUGGAAACUCAAAAAAUUUACAGAGAGGGGAAGAAAUUCGAGGAGAGCACAAGUAACAAAAUAAAACCCUUGUUAAGGAGAGAAGGUACCAACAUUGAUAGCACUUGCAAAGAUAUUUCAAAAACUAAAAAUAACCAUGGAAGGUGGGGCAAAUUUGUUGAGUAUUCACCUCAAGGUAAACCCAAAACAUUGAAUGCAUCAAAAGAAGGGUCCAAGUUUGGUUCUGCUAACGAUUUUUUUAGCUUGAGAACCUUCAAAGAUCUUGGUGCUAGUGAGGAUAUGCUGCAGGCCCUGAAAACCCAAGGCAUUUUACGUCCUUCACAUAUUCAGGCAUUGGCAUACAAACAUGUCCUUGAUGGACAGAGUUGCAUAAUUGCUGAACAAAGUGGUUCAGGAAAGACUCUAGCAUAUCUUGCACCACUGGUACAGCGUCUAAGAGAGGAAGAACUUAAAGGCAAAAGCAAGUCAUUUUCCAAGAGCCCACGUGCACUGAUCUUGGUACCAACUGCUGAGUUGGCUGCUCAGGUCCUUAAUGCUUGCAGGGCUAUUUCCAGAGCAGGAAUGCCUUUCAGAUCCAUGGUUGCAACGGGAGGAUUUAAGUGGAAAACUCAGCGAGAAAAUCUUGAGCAGGGUACUGACAUACUUAUAGCAACUCCUGGUCGUUUUUGUUUUCUUCUGCAAGAAGGAGAAUUGCAGCCAAGCAACCUUUUGAGUAUGGUGUUGGAUGAAGUGGACAUAUUAUUCGAUGAUGAGGAUUUUGCAAUAGCUUUGGAAACACUUACGAGUUCUGCACCCUUGGCUGCACAAUAUCUUUUUGUUACUGCAACAUUGCCACUGGAUGUUCACAACAAGAUAGUUGAAAGAUUCCCUGAUUGUAAGGCUAUAUUAGGACCGGGCUUGCACCGUACAUGUUCUGGUCUGGAAGAGAUUCUCAUCGAUUGUAGUGGAGAAGGGGAGGAAAAGAAUCCAGAGACAGCAUUUUCAAACAAAAAGACAGCCCUGCUACAAAUUGUGGAGCAAUUUUCUGUUCGGAAGACCCUUGUCUUCUGCAACAAGAUCGAAACAUGCAGGAAGGUUGAAAAUAUUCUAAAAAGAAUUGAUCGACAAGGCCAGAAAAUCCGUGUCCUCCCAUUCCAUGCUGCUGUAUCACAAGAAUCCCGGGCAUCAAAUAUGAAGUGUUUUCUUGAUCCACAAUCUGAACAAUCUCUAUUUCUCAUUUGCACUGACAGAGCUUCUAGAGGCCUCGACCUUAUAAAUGUGGACCAUGUGCUGCUUUUUGAUUUUCCACGUGAUCCAAGUGAAUAUGUAAGGCGAGUUGGAAGGACAGCUCGUGGAGCAGGUGGCAGAGGGAAGGCUUUUGUCUUUGUAGUAGGAAAGCAAGUUUCGCUUGCCCAAAGAAUCAUUGACAGAAAUGAGAAAGGUCAGCCUUUACAUGAUUUGCCAUCGGUGUUAUAGUUGCAAGGACUAGGAGUGAAUACCAGAUAUAUGUUCAUUUUGCUGAAGAAGGAAAAUGUUUUUCAAGCAAUUCGCUGGAGUUUCUUUGGUUAGCAUUUCAAAAUUGCGAAUAAGGAAAUCUCAACGAAAGAGAAAACCUGGCUAUUCCUUAUUGGGAGCAUGAUUUGUAAUUGCUUUUGUAUUUCUUUGAAAGCUCUUCUCUGGCAUAAUUAACAAAUGGCGUCAAUUCAGCAAUUAUUUGGUAGAACAGAAUGUACGGUAUUUACAAAAGAGCAAAGUGUAAAGGAGCCUAAUUUUCCUAAAUCUAAGUCUUUUAAAUUCAUGUACACUCAAUAUAAAUGAAGUUUAUAUUCA